GCCAUUAUCAGCUGAAAAUAAAAAAUGUCAAAAAUAGUCAAAAAGGUAGUCACCGAUAUUACAGGGAAAUAUGUUUUUAGUAAAGUUAUAACCGGACCACGAAACCCACUAUAUCAGGAGUUUACAGACGACGAAGGGCAUGUUCAAUCGAAGAAGAGAGAAGUUCCGGUUGGGCUGAGUAAAAAAGAUCAAGCUGUGCUGAAGAAAAUCAGAAAGAGAGCCUAUUACCUCGAUAAGGGUUUUACUAUUUGUGGAUUCAGAUUUGGAUAUACCUUUAUAUUUGGUCUCAUUCCCGGCUUUGGUGAUGUCUUGGACGCUCUUCUCAAUUACUUUUUAGUACUUAGAUUAGCUGAGAAAAAUCUAGAUUUACCAUCGGGUAUUAUAAACCAUGCAUGGUUCAACAACUUAGCGUCUUUAGGUUUCGGAUUAGUCCCUCUAGCCGGUGACCUUGUUCUGGCUGCUUGGAAAGCCAACUCUCGUAAUGCACAAAUGUUCGAAGAAUACUUGAUAAAACGCGCGGAGUUCUAUAUCAACCUUCCAGAAGAAUCUAAAGAGCUAGCUGCACAGUUAGAUAUCCAAGGUGACGUAUUAUACGACCAAGAGAAUGCUGAAUUCCCGAAAAAACUUUUCAAAGCAGCCAAAGGGAUCAAAGCAGGACACGGUCUGAAGAAGUCUGAAGGUGUCAAACUCAGGGAAGAAAUCAAACAGAAGUUAUCUAAUGUCUAAUUAUUAUUAUUUUAUAUACCAGUUGCUUAUUUUAUUUGUUUC